AUGGGGAAUACGAACAGCUCCCAUAAAAUAUCCUCCCAAGAUCGAGCAAUUCUUGAUAUGAAAAAUCAGCGCGAUAGGCUUCACCAGUAUCAAAAGCGCAUCACAGUCCUCACCGACCGCGAAACUGCAAUCGCCAAGGAAUGCCUCGCCCGCGAUGAUCGCAAGCGUGCCCUUCUUGCGCUGCGUCGCAAGAAGUAUCAGGAAUCGCUCUUAGCAAAAACCGAUGCGCAACUAGAGCAGUUAGAGCAACUUACUAGCCAAGUCGAAUUUGCCCUUGUGCAGAAGGAUGUCCUCUUCGGUCUGCAACAAGGAACGCAGGUGCUUCAAACGAUCAAUAAGGAGAUGGGGGGCAUUGACGGAGUGGAGAAGCUGAUGGGCGAGACAGAGGAUGCUAGAGUUUAUCAGGAGGAAGUCAGCCAGAUGCUUUCCGGACACCUUUCUAACCAGGACGAGGAUGAGGUGGAGGAUGAACUCGAGGCCCUCCACCGUGAGGUACAAGGCCCAGCCAGCCUUCCUAAUGCGCCGACAACGUCUCCAAAAGAGGAUGUCGCGGAAGAGGAACCAGCCAGGCAAGAAGCGAGAACCGGGCAGAGAGCCAGGGAACGAACUGCGAUACCUGCUUCCUGA